CAGGCAUCGAAAAUAAUUAACGACUCUAACCAUGAAAGAAGAAAAAUCUUAAUGCGUUGAGCUGUGUCUGAAGGCCGAAUCGAUUAGAGGUCAUCAAAUUAUUCAAGAAGAACAUUGAAAUGGAAAAUGAAGCCACUGACGUACAUUGAAAUGAGACAAUGGGCUCCAUGAGGCCACGAUAGAGAGUUUUGCGCUACGCGUUUCCCAAAAAGUGCUGCUCCUAGUGCACGAGAACCUAACUUCCCUUAUUGUUCGUUUUCCAGGAAAAACGGAAAGUCUAACUUCUCUCAUAUACACACCAAACUGAAAUAACAGCCAACAGGUCCUGUUCCGGCAAAGUCAACAUGAGUUCCGACAGCUCAGUAAUCAAACGAGUGUGUCUGGAGGCAGAAGCUGGAAGUCCAGCCGUUAAAUAUCGGAUACAGCUCCUAGACGAAUCUUUGAUUGACGAAAGUGUAGAAUUUUUGGCGAAGGAACUAUUGCCAUCGACAAACAUGACGAUUAUUUCAAGUCUCGGUUUCUUGUCAGACAAAGAUGCAUGUGACGAAAUAAAGAGUGUAUUAAGAAAACACUUGUCCGAGGGAAUCUCCUUAGCAGCUCUGCUUGAGGAUGACUCGGGAAAUUGUGGACCUUUGAUCGGGUGUAAUGUUUUGUAUAAAGAGAGUACGUCAGAGAUGGAAUACCGGACGGAUAAAAUGAAACUAUGCCACCAAACAUUGGUCGACCUAAAGAAAGGAGUAGACGUGCUCAAGAUUUACAACUGCUCCGACUGCAUCAGUGCCUUCGGCAUUUCGGUGGCGAGCGCCUUCCGGGGUCGGGGCAUCGCGACAGAAUUCUUAAGGGCGCGUGCGGAAGUCUGCCGGCUCACCAACAUCCCGGUCACCGCGGGCGUCUUCAGUGGUCCCUACUCCCAUAAGGCGGCCGCCAAAGCAGGUUUCCGCACGCUCUCGGAGCUCGAUCUCGGCACGUAUCGGAUAGACAACAAGAUUGUGCACCCCGAAGCUAGAGGAUGGCCCACUGCCAAGUACAUGGCCAAUAAAUAUUUUUAGGAAAACACAUUUUACUUUAGGCGCAGUAGGUCGCCAAUGGAGGAUUUGCAGGUGUCUGAAAUUUGAUGAAUUUUUUGUUUAAGUGGAAACCACUGAGUGAAUUGGACGUAUUUCUGUUAAACGGAACUAAGCGCCAAAUUGAGUUCUUUUUGUGGAUUUUAGAAUCCCGGAUAGCGCGUUCUGUCAAACGGAACUAACUACUAAGUGCCAUGGAAAAGCAUUGCAAGUAUAGGACAUAACGAACAUCGCGUUCCGCAUCACCCGCCAAUCAAAGCCCCCCUUUCCCUUCCUCCCCCUAUGGCAUGGCGCUUCGUUCCGUCUGAUAGAAAUACGUAUAUGGGCCUGUUGCAAACUUUUGCUGGAGCGAAAAUAAAAGUUGUCAUUCAUAGAAUGUGUCUCAAAAAUCACGAUGAGCGCAUCAUGAAAGUCUGAAAUGCACUCCUUACUUCACAAUUUUCAUAAAAAAGCGUCUUUUCGAGCUUCCCGCCUCAAAAACGAUACCACGGCACAGGUGAACAUUUCGUUAGAGGAGUCAUUCCAUCCAACGCCUGCUCUCAAGAAUACUACGCAAUACUCCACAUAGGCGACGCCAAUCUGCCAAAAAUUAUGUGACGGGACGAUGAUUUUAACCACCUGAUAACAAUCAGCGUGUUUACAUUCACAUUUUUCUCGCGUUGAUAGAUAUCCGCCUUGAUUGACCUCCUGCUCUCCU